AUAAUAUGCAAGCCCCGCUGACAGUUGUCAAUUUUUGCCCAUCUGUCAAAUACAUUUUUUGUCCAUUUACAUACGCGAGUAGGAUUUUUCUCAAGCCCGGGACGGAAAAGCGGACAGAAGAGCGCAUCACACGGUGCGCGCGCGGAAGCAGCCAGCGUCCCGCGAGUUUUCGUAGUGAAAAAUCAACACCCACCCACCCGGCCAUACGCUCCCGGCAGCGAAGAAACGCACAACGCACGAGAGGCCAGUGCAUCCUGCUUCUUCUACUGCCUCACACCGCGCGCGCGACGCAUCAUGGACAAUCUGGACCAGCUCGCGGAUGACGAGCUGCGGCUCCGGUUGGUGCAGUACGGCUUUCCGAACCUUCCGGUAACGUCGACCACGCGCAAAAUACUGAUCAAAAAGCUACGGCACCAUAUCGACACCGAGAAUCAGAAGCUGCGCCGGGAAUCGUCGAAAGCGGCACGGUACAGCUCGGGCGAGGAAUCGGAUGGAAGCGAUGGUCGGAAGACGGCGACGGCCGCUCAGCGUAAAAUGUACACCACCAGCAGCAGCAGCAGCAGCAGCAGUAGCACGACGCGAAGUCAGCGUGCCACUGUAGGGGGUGGUUCGUCGGCGGGUGUGGGAAGUUCCGUGUCGAUGCCGCCGCCCGCUCCGACGAACGUGGUCCGGUCCAGUAUGACGCGCGUCCCAAUAAGCAUAUCAUCAUCAACAUCAUCAGCGCCUACGUCGCAUAGUGUUAACAGCAACAGCAAUAGCUUUGCCGGAGCGAACGGUGCCAGCCCCAGCCAUCAUCGUAGUAGCAGUAAGAACUCAUCUCCAACCGUUGGCAGCACAGUAUACAUCUCGCCGCUCAUCGUGCACGACAGCGAAGAGGAGGACUACUCGCCUCCGCUCCGUGCGGGUAUAGGAAGUGGUGGUGGUGGUGGGGGUGGAGGUGGUGGCGGAGGUGGGGCAGCAGGACUAACUCCUUCGUUGCGCAGCCUUGGCAGUUUAUCAUCGACGCCCUCUUCGCAUAGUUCGCUGUUCCGGAAGACGGCUCUAGCCACCGGCAACAUCACACCACCGUCAGCCAACAGCAGCAUGUACAGCAAUCUCGGUGGGGCCAUGGACAAUAAUAGCAGCGGUGGCGGAAGCAGCCUGCUAAACGACUCGAACGGAUCGAACGGAGCCGGUACGGGAGAUUCUCCGUACGUUAGCGAGUACACCAAGCGAUUGAUGCAGUUACGCGGGGAAACGGUUUCCCACGAGAACUACAACAACGCCAUCGGUGGCAUAAUGGGGCGUCGGAUGGGGAAUAGCAGUCUACAGCCCUCGCCACGACACAGUGCCGUCGCAAGUCAUUUGCAUGCGAUACGAACGAGCCAUCAGCAGCCAGGACCAGCCGGAGGUGGACUGCUUCAUCAUCCACUGCGCUCCUCCGGUCACCCUCAUCUGCUGAACAGCAAAGGCACAACAGCGUCCGGCGGUUCGUCCACAUCUCCACUGGGCAGUUCCGGUUCGAUCAUCGCCGGCAAUCACAUCCGGCAGCGAUACAGCCGACUCUCCGGGGGAAACGAAUUCAACGAAAACGAUAUCGUAACACACGCACAGCCCGCCCCGGAACCGCCCCGAAUCCCGUUCCGCGUAGCGGUAGGCAACUUCAUCACCCGGCUGGACGAACACUACGGUUUCAAGCAAACGUUCAUCCCGUGCGCCUUGCUCUGCCUGCUGGUGGUGUUCUUCUGCUCGGUCGCAUUCAUGUACAUGACCAUCAGCACCGAUCUGGCCAGCACGCUUAGCUCGAUCGACACACGGUACGAAGUGUGUGAGGGCGAUGUGCACGGACUGGCUGCCACUGGUUGCGUGUUCGCGGCGGACGUCGAACCUGCCCUGGAGCUGCUGAAGCUGAUCGGCAGCGAGCUGAAGGCACGCGUUGAAGCACACCACUGCCGGCGGGACGAUGCCGGACCGGUCGUAUCGGGCCUGAUGUCCGCCGGGGAAGUGCUGAAGUACGCGAAGGAACAUUCGCCGUCCGUGUUGAUACCGCAGCUUACGCGACACCUGCACGCCAUGGAGUACCUCAUCGAUCGGAACCCGCAGUGGCGCAUUAACCACUGCGACGCCGAUGGAGAACCGAUCGGGUACGACGGUGUGCUGGAACGGCGCUCCACACGCUCGAACCAUUUCACCAUUCUCAAGCCGAAGCUUCCGUUCACGUGCAUGAUGUACAACAAGUUCCAGAAGUUCUUCGUUAUCGUCGGUGGAUUGGCGCUGGUUUCGAUCGUCUUGUUCGCCGGCAACUACUUCGUCAAGUUUGUGCUGUACGUGAAGCAGAAGCGGCGCGACCAGGUAAAUCGCUUGAUUAGCGAGAUCAUACACGCGGUCAGUCAGGCGGCAGCGAAUGCGUCCGAGUCGGCGGCCAACAAGGGCGAACAGCAGCCGGGCGUGGUGAUCAACCAUCUGAGGGACCGGCUGCUGGGGAUGGCAAAUCGCCGCAAGCUCACCUGGGCCUGGAACGAAGCGCUCGGCUUUCUCGAGCAGCACGAAAGCCGAAUCGCGUUCGAGGUGGCUACGAUCGGGGGCGAAGAUUUUAAGAUAAUGCGAUGGAUCGAUAGCGUUCCGUUGGCGAGCGGUGGUGGAGGCGGCAGUUCGCCGGGGGCUUCCCGGUUGGGCGGCGGUUCCGGUCCCGGCGGCUCGACCGCUAAGAAGUGGCAAGGGCCAGCGUUCGACAAGAGCAACAAGAUACACGAUCCGCCGACGCCCUGCCUCAAGAUCCGCCAGAUGUUCGACAAGUACGAGGUGAACGAUCCGAACCUGAAGACGAUCGUCCAGGACGCGAUCCUGGAGAAGGUGGGUGGCCGGUGCAAGAUCUACGACAUCCAGCUCGACCGGAGCAGCUGCUGCGUGUACGUGCGGUGCGCCUCGGCCAAGGAUGCCGGUAUCGUGCACGACGAGAUUAAUGGCUGGUGGUUCGACAAUCGGCUAGUGUCGAUCAAGUUCCUGCGGCUCGAGCGGUACCUGCAGCGGUUCCCGCGGUCACUCGCCGGACCGGCCUGUCUGAAGCCGUCGAACAAGAACAACUCCUCCAUGAGCCAUCAGCUGGCGCUCAACAGCAACAACGGUGGUCCGGCUGGGCAAUACUCGAGCAAUGGUAGCAGAGCCGCAGGCAAACGUGACGAACUCGACACAGACCCGGAAGAGUAUGACGAAGGCGAAGGAGACGAGGACGGCGAGGAGGAAGAGGACGACGAGGAGCUGGUUGCAGCGGCGACGACGGCUACGGCGGCAUCGGCAUCACGAGCCGCCACAGGACGUCGGUCUGCCAUUAGACGCCGCGAAGAAGAUGAGGAAGAGGACGAGUAGUAGUUGCAGGGGAAGAGACGUGCGUCAUGGCCUCCUUUGGAAGAUAUUAACCAUCACUAACACACACAUACACAGAAUGCGCGUGCGGAUUUGCGAACGCUGAAAAGAAGGCGGCGUUUUGUCGCUCCUACGCCAAGCGUCCAAAAGGAACUUUUUUGCCAUUUAUAAUAUAUCAUUUACUACCUUCGGCCCCGGUUAAAUUGCCAUUUUUUUACCCCAUUACAUGAGCUUUCCUUACAUCUUUCCUUUAUCAAAACGAACCGUUAACAUUGUUUGGAUUGUUAUUUUUACACAUAACAAAAUAAAGUGUCCAACCAUACAGAGAUAACAAGAGCAUGCUUCUGUAGCUUUGAGCAGCCUUUGAGCGAGUGGAACUUAGGAGCUUAAGGAGAGAGAGAGAAUGGAUUCGUUUUUGUUAGCUGCAUUCAAGGGGGGCGGGGGGGGGGGAGGAGGAUCCACCUGCUAAAAUCUCAAGCCUUACAAGGAGCCUAGAAGCAAUAGAGUCAUCGCUUCAUGAAGUGCUAAAGAAGAGACUUUGCGUUUUCUCUUCUUAACUGAGCUUAGGAAACAGGCUGGCAGGGCAGGACAGGUUGAGAGGAUUGUGUAGGGGAGGCAAAGGAUACUGUAAUAUCGAUAAGAGUAAUCGCUUAACCCUAAACACGGCGCGUCGUACCAAGGACACACACGCCGUGUCCUUAACUUUAAACGAAGCAGCAGCACCAGCAGGCAAGGGAGAGACUGUUUUAAGGGAGCGUUUUGUUGAUUAAUGAUUACAGAUUUAUAUACACACACACACAGAAGCAAGUAUACAAAAAAGAGGAAGAAAAACACACAAAUUAAUAUGUUCUGUUUGUUUUGCAACAAAGCUGAAUUGAAUAAUCCCUGGGCUAGGUGUUGUUUUAAACGUAAUACUAUUAGGUCUAAGAGAGCGAGAGAAUGGGCGGCCACGAACACUAACGACUAACGAAACCCGCAAGCCGAGGAUAGGAUAUUGAAAGCGACCCCUCUGACGGAAGGUAGACAGACGAGCGCGGCUGCCAGCAGCCAGCAGAAGUCUGAAUCGGAUUUCAGAAGAUUUUGUGCAAUUUUCUUUUAGAUUCUUUAGGAAAACCCCGCCGGCGCCGUCAAUCGGAAGGAAAAGCGCACAACAAACUCAUGCUCAUCAUUAGUCGCAGGGUUGUUAGUAGGACGGGGUAACCGGUCCGGAGGUUCAGAACGUAUCAACAAACUUGUUCGGCGGACCCCCUCCCCACACGGAACGAACCCCGCCCAUCACACUCUUCUUCAAGGAAAACGAAAAUAAAUCAGUACUAGUUUGUA